AUGAAAAAAGUAGGAAUUAUUGGAACUGGUAAUUGGGGUACAACACUUGGAUUUUUGGUAUCUAAAAAUGUAAUAUCUAAUUUAAAGUAUUUUAAAAAAGAGAUUCUUAUUUAUGGAAUUGUAGAAGAAUUUGAAGGUAAAUCUAUGGAUAAAUUAAUUAAUGAAGAUCAUGAAAAUAAAAAGUAUCUCCCUGGUAUUAAAUUACCAGAUAAUCUUUGUUAUACAUCUGAUAUACAACUUUUUUCUGAUAUUGAUAUAAUUAUUGUUGCUUUACCACACCAAUUUAUUGAUUCUUUAAUUAAAUUUAAAGAAUAUCUUAAAAAAGAUAUUAUUGUAUUAUCAGUUGUAAAAGGUGUAAUAGAAUACAAAGUUUCUUUUACUUUAGUAAGUGAUUAUAUAAAUGAAAUAUGGGGAUGUUCUACAAAUGUUCUUAUGGGUGCUAAUAUUGCUAGUGAUGUGGCUAAAGGACUAUUAGGUAAUAUUCUUUAUAAAUGUGAAGGUACACUUGGAUACCACCAAGAAUACGACAGAGAUGUUUUAUUUAGACUUUUAAAUUGUAAAUAUUAUAAAAUUAGUUGUACAAAAGAUGUUGUAGGUGUAGAACUAUGUGGAUCACUAAAAAAUAUUAUAGCACUAGGUUAUGGUGUUACGGUUGGUCUAGGAUGCUCUAAAAAUACAAGUAUAUCUUUUUUAAGGUGUGGUUUGGGGGAAAUUAAGAAAUUUUUAAAUUUCUUUUUUCCUGCUACUUCCUCUGAAACACUAUUCCAGUCGUGUGGUAUUGCCGAUUUAAUAGUGUCAUGUAGUAUGGGGAGAAAUUAUAAAUUUGGUAAAGCCAAGGCGGAGGAAGAUAUUUCAUUGGAAGACUUUGAAAAAAAAAUUGGCAAUCAGAAAAUUCAGGGUGUAGGAACAGCUAAUUGUAUUUAUAAUUAUCUUAUUACAAAAGAAAGAAAAGAUGACUUUCCUAUUAUUAAAAUGAUAUGGUCGAUAUUCUGUGACAAUGAAGAGUGUGAUAAAAUUCUUGAUAGUUUUUAA